GCGGGGGCGGGGCGGGGCCGGGCGGGGCCGCGGAGCCCGUAAAAGCGGCGCGGGCCGCGGCUGAACACCAACGCCGGCAACCAUGGCGCGUCCGAGCCUCCUGCUGCCGCUGGGCCUGGCCCUGCUCGCGCUCUACCUCCUGGCGCUGCCCCGCGACGCCCGGGCCCGGCCGGGGGAUCGCGAGGUCGGAGAGCGGCAGGACCUGUCGCCCAACGACCCGCAGGUGCGGAAGGCGACGCAGGCGGCCAUGGCCACCUACAACAUGGGCAGCAACAGCAUCUACUACUUCCGCGACACCACCAUCCUCCGGGCGCAGAGCCAGCUGGUGGCGGGCAUCAAGUACUACCUGACCGUGGAGAUGGGGAGCACGGCCUGCCGGAAGAAUGCCGUGGCUGGAGACCACAUAGACCUCACCACCUGCCCCCUGGCCGGAGGGGUGCAGCAGGAGAAGCUGCGCUGUGACUUUGAGAUCCUUAUGGUUCCCUGGCAGAACUCCUCCCAACUCCUAAAGCACGACUGUGUGACCCUGUAGUAGACCCCUGUGGGCUUGGGGGAGGGAGGGAGCGGGCGGGUCUGGGCAGGAGUGGGCACAUCGGUGGAGGGCAUGUCAGGUCCCUAGACCAUAUCUGUGGCAAUAAAUUGCUAGCACUGCUUCUUGCA